UUCUUUUUGUCAUCUUAAUGACUUUGCCCUCCAUUCCAGAUGACACAAUCCAAAGUCCUAUGUAUUUGUCAUAACCUGGUUUACAACAGCUGGUCUUAUUCUCUAAGUUGGUGUUUACGCAACCCCAUCUCCUGCUUUAUAAUUAUACUGUUUAAAUAUAGAGUAAACCUGCAUCUGUAGAAAUUGUAUUCCUACACAGUUACACCAUGGGUAUGGUACUGAUUUGAUAAAUCAAUACAUUUAGCAGUACAGAACUGGUCAAUAGAUUUAGAAGUUUUGUGCUUCAGAUAGUCUUGACUUUUCUCAACUUACAAUUCAAUCCCUUAGGACAGCACUACUAACUCCCAUGAAUGCCAAUUAUGAAACCCGCAUCAAAUCAUUCCUAACUUUUGUCAACAGCAUCUUGCUUGACAGUGAUGCAUUCUGGUAAUAACCAUUUUAAGGAGUCGCUUGGGAUUGACUCUGAGGAGAAUGUGAAAUGUCACUGGGUCCCCUAAGCCCCCACGAUAAGAUGUUUAUCUGUAGAACUCUACAGGUCCCAAGUCAGCAGUGAUCUGUUGAGAGCCUGCAGACUUCACUAAUAAACAUGAACUCGUACCCAAAUGUUGGUCCCUUUACUGUACCUUGGUUCUUGACAUUUAGGCUGGGACCCUUGAGUACAUCAUCCUAUGUAUGCAUCUUAUGUUCUAUCACCAGUGGGUGACUUGUUUUCUACACCAGUGACUAUAAGAAACCCUUCAGCCCCCUUCAAAGAGGGGUAAGACAUUUCUCAUCCAUUUUCAAGGAACCACAAUGGUUAACAGUAGCCAUGUGUUCUUUAUCAUGAUCUUUUUCUUGAUUCAUUUCAUUGCACAUCUGUACUUAAUGCAUCUUCCUUUAUCGUGUUUUGGAGACAACGCUACGAUAGUGUCUGCUCUUCACACACCUUAGAGGUAGCAGUGAGAGAGAGGUAACAGGUUCAUCGUUGGUGUUUGGUUCUCUGGUUCUUCACCAGAGGCCACAGGGAUGACUAGCAACUUCUCCUCCCCCAGUGGGCGAAGAGACUUCUUUGAGGAGGCUUUGUUCAAGAACCUCGCAGUGGUUCUGUUUGGCCUUGUUAUUAACUAUAUCAAUGGGACCUUGUUGUACACCUUCUUCACCAAUGUGACCUUCCACAGCGACGCCAGGUACAUCCUGUACAUGCAGCUGAUCAUCAAUGACAGCAUCAAGAUGUCUUUCAUUGUGCUCUUGCUUGUCAUGUCAUAUGUCUGCCCUUUCCUAAAUGUGUCUGUGUGUAUAAUUCUGAUUCUAAUAGGAAGCAACACUCAUAAGAAUGCUCCUCUGAACUUGGCAAUCAUGUCUAUUGAACGCUUUGUAGCCAUCUGUCAUCCUUUACAGCACCCUCUGAUCUGCACAGUGAGUAGGACCUAUGCGCUCAUCGCCUGUAUUUGGGUUGUAGGGGCCUUCCCUGGGUUCAUAGAUGUCAUUAUCGCCUUUGUCUUAAAGCCUUUGUCAUUUUUCACUACCGGUAGGAUGUGCUAUCAUCAGAAUGUCUUUGACUCAGUUCACAAUUAUAACAACAACUAUGCCGCCAAUAUCCUUUACAUGUGCUUUGUGUGGAUCACAUUGAUCUACACUUACUUUAGGGUGAUGCUUUCAGCCAAAGCUGCAACCUCCGAUCCAGUUUCAGCCAGAAAAGCCCAGAUUACUAUACUACUGCAUGGGGUGCAGCUGCUACUCUGUAUGCUAUCCUACGUCACUCCUGUCAUGGACACUACCCUCAUCAUCCUCUUCCCCAACUUCCGCUCCAUCAUACUGUUCUGCAAUAACAUCAUAACUAACAUGUUACCCCAGCUGCUCAGCCCUCUCAUCUACGGUCUACGAGAUCAGAAGUUUAAGAAGCACAUGAAGGGUUCUCUUCUUUGUAUGAAAACCAAUCCGGUGGUGAAACCUAACUGAAACCUAAAGCACUCAGGGCUUAUUCAGUGGGGUAAACCAGUGCAACAUGUACAACAUUGCAACUAGACAUUUAUUUCUACUGCACUUACAUGAAUGUUGUCAGGUGCAGUGCUCCACUUGUUGCAUGAUACCUGCAGUUGAAAGAGCCAAUGGUGAAAUAAUGUAGUCGUGAGUUUAAACAUGUGCAAUUAUUGCUAUACUGCACACCUAAGUAAUAAACCAUCUGCUCUGUAAUCUGGUAUUGCCCUUUAUCAAGGACAGCAGGUAAUACUUAUUGCUUACAUACAGAACAUUUCAUUAAAUUGUGUUACUGACCAUUAAUGUGUUACUUUUAAAUGCAGCAUGAGCCAAGGUGUUUCAAUUGGUACCUGUACCUAUCGGUUCGUUUGAAUGUCUCCAUGAUGUUAUUAUUGGAACAUUCAGAAACUAUUCCCAUCUCAAUAUGAUCCCCUCUUGCCUCUAGUUUGUUUUCACCUUUGAAAGAUCCCAUUGGGGUAUUAGGCUAUUAUCAACAUUAACUACUUCUCCAAGGAAUUAGUCGCAUCACAAUCCUUACCACAAUUUCACACUUGACACACUUGUUUUGAACUAUUCAUUGAUCUAUAACAGAAAUUGAAGGGGAU